GAGGAUCGUCACUAUAUUUAAAAAGAGAUGCAGCUGUCUAGUUACCGAUUUUUCCAUCUAUUCCAUAAAUUGCGUAACCAUUACAAAUUUAAUGAGAUUUCUUGUGUGUAUUUGAAUCAUCACAAUUAUUGUCAACAAUCUAAAUCCUUCCAACCUCAUUUUAAUCUGAAUUUAUUUAACGAUGAAAAGUUCAUUGAAAAUCUACGUGCAAAUUUAACAGCUCGUAAAAGUAACUUAAAUCUUGAUCAUAUGCUGGAUCUUUACAGAAAUUACACUAAAACAAAACAUAAGGAAACACAUGAUGAACUAAUGUCAUUAGUAUGUGAAUUACCAAAUUUUACUCAUCCACUUACUCCGAUUGGUGAUUCGUUCAAAGCACGUCAUAUAUAUAUUCAUGGAUCUAAACGUGAAGAGAGGUGGAAGCUUUUAGAUGUAAUCAAUAUAACUUCAGGUACACAUCAACCUGUAAUCAAUCAUCAUAAUAUCAACUCUUCCAUAACUAUCAAUCCUGAAGGUCAUCUCCGUGUAAAAGAUACAACUAUAGGCGCUGGACACAAGACUUAUUAUUUUACUGGACCAUUAGCACAAUUAGAGUCUGCACUUGUCGCAUAUACCGUGGAUCGUUUGAAAGCAACUGGUUUUGAAUUUGUAUCUGUACCCGAUAUUCUACCUGAACCUGUCAUCAGAGCUUGUGGUUUUCAAACUCAAGGAAUUCGUUCUCAAAUUUAUAAAAUAACCCCACCUGUGUCUAAAUUGACUUAUUGUCUCUCUGGAACAUCUGAAAUGGCAUUAGCUGGAUUUUGUGCUGGUCGGUCUUUUAACUGUACUUCUAAAAAUGACAAAGCAGAUGAAUCAAACCAAUCCUCCGCUCUUGGAUUAUGUUCUGUAAGUCGGUGUUUUCGUAAAGAAGCUCCCAACCAAGAGCCAACGCUUUAUCGAGUACACCAGUUUACUAAAGUAGAAAUGUUUGCCAUUACUGCCCCCUCAUUACCUGUCAGUGACGCAAUGUUCAAUCAAAUUAUCAAAUUGCAAAUAUGUCUAUUCGCUGAUUUAGGUUUACAUUUUAGAGUUCUUGAAAUGCCAUCGGAAGAGCUUGGUGAUUCAGCUUACAGAAAAGUUGAUAUUGAGGCCUGGAUGCCAGGAGAUCAAAUAUACGGAGAGAUUUCUAGUUCAUCAAUCUGUCUCGAUUAUCAAUCAAAACGUUUAAAUAUUCAAUGGCAAACAUCUAGUAACCAAAAUGAAUUCGCUUAUACAUUAAACGGAACUGCCUGUGCAAUCCCACGUAUAAUGAAAGCCCUAAUAGAGACCCACCAGACUCAAGUACGUGAAUUCACUAAUUGUUAACUAAGCACAACAACACUUUUAGUCAUUAGUAAUAUUGUGCACAAUUUUUGUGUAUUAUUAAUUUAUACAACAACAACAACAAAUAUUGUUGGGUCAAAUUUCAUAAGACACUUUUUUUCGACCAAAUCAAACAGAAACGAUCAACCAGUGAGUUCCAAUAUGCAUAACUCAUUCUACCUAUUUCAUUUUUGGCAGUUGAGUAGUAGUAUCAUUAUUCUUCGUACAAAAAUUCUGAACCCGAGGUAAAUACAUAAACCUUUACUUCGUAAAUAAGUUACAUCAACUUUAUUUAGAAUUUGAAUCUUACCAAUACUUGUCCAUCAUAUAUCAUAUGGUUCAGGACUGAUCUGGAUUAAUAUCUUUCAUUAAAAUUCACAUUGGACUGAACUCAUCAGCUAAAUAGGAUGAAUUGAUCUGUCAAUAUUUUUUUAAUUAACAAAUCUAAGAGUUAAUUUAUUCGCUGAUUUCAUUUACACUAGAGAAAUAAACUAUUCCAUUUGUCUUAUUUUUAGGAUAAGCAUAUUAUCGUCCCACA